CACUGGCUGGCGCAGUUCCAGGCGCUGUGCCACGCCGGCGGCCGCCCCUUCGCCGUCAUCGAGGUGGACGAAGCCGUCUCCCGCUGCAAGGAGACCGUGACCAGCCUGGCCUUCAGCGUGGCCUUCCUGCAGCGCAUGGACAUGAAGCCCAUGCUGGUGCUGGGGCUGCCGUCCCGGAGCUCCCUGAGCGACACCCUCACCUUCCGGGAUACCAAGGCGCUGCUGACCCAGAACUGCAAGGCCCUGACGGACGCCCUGCGCCAGAACUCCGCUGCCACCAUGCCCUUCUUCGGGGCCGGCGCCGUGCUAGGAGCGGAGCAGUCGGCUGCCAACUCCAGCGGGAUCUCCGUGGAUAGCGACCUGCUGCGGUGGUGCCUGGAAUCCGGGAACGUCCCCAUCAUCUGCCCCGUCGGGGAGACCCGCAACCGCCAGUCCCUGCUGCUGGACUCCGUCGAGGUCACCGCCGCUAUCUCCAGGGCACUGCUGCCCACCAAGAUCAUCUUCCUGAACAUGACCGGGGGGAUCAGGAACUCCGGGCAGAAGGUGCUAGGGAACGUGAACCUGCCCGCCGACCUGGACCUAGUGACCAAAGCCCAGUGGACAGGCCACAAGGAGCAGCAGCAAGUCAGGCUGAUCGUCGACCUGCUAAGCCGCUUGCCCUACGAGGCCUCCGCCGUCAUCGUCUCUGCGGGCGCACUCCUCGCCGAGAUCUUCAGCAACAAAGGCUCGGGGACCCUGUUCAGGAACGCUGAGCGUAUGCUGCGGGCCGAGAAGCUGGAGGAGCUGGACCAGCAGCGCCUGGUCUCCUUGAUCAACACGUCCUUCGGGAAGACCCUCCGAGGGGACUACCUGGCUUCCAUACGGCCCAGGCUCCACUCGGUCUACUUCUCAGAGGGCUACAACGCAGCAGCCAUCAUCACGAAGGAGCCGGUCCUGGGUGGGAUGCCGUACUUGGACAAGUUCGUGGUCAGCUCCACCAAGAAAAGCCAAGGCUCUGGCCAGAUGCUGUGGGAGUGCAUACGGCAGGAUCUCAGGACCCUCUUCUGGAGGUCUCGCGUCACCAACCCUAUUAACCCCUGGUAUUUCAAGCACAGUGAUGGAAGCUUCACCGACCACCAAUGGAUCUUUUUCUGGUUUGGACUGUCCGACAUCCGAGAUUCCUACGAGCUGGUGAACCACGCAAAAUCCAUUCCAGACUCGUUCUGCAAACCGUAGGGCGAUCUUUCUUGGUCAGAGCGAGAGCAGAGCAGGUUGGGCUUGGGAAGAGUCAGGCCUUC